UUAUGAUUUGAAAAAAUAUAUUUUAGAGGAAACCAAGAUGUCGGAAUUGUUUUGAUAAUUUGAUCCAACCUAACCCGGAUCAAUUAUCAUCAACGUAUUACAGUGUAAAUUUUACACUCAGUUUGUUUAUAUACAUCACCUGUUAAACAAAAUAAAUUUAUUUAUAAAAUAAUUAUCAUUAAUAAUAAUAGUUUAAUAAAUUUAAAAAACAUAUAGAAUUAUAAAAAGAGUAAACAAGAUGAUGGAAGCAAGGAGACGUGAACGUGAAGAAAUUGGUUUGACUGGAGUCAAUGGAGUGUGGGGUAAAUCACCAACAAGAGUUGAAGAAUCAAGUGAUGAAGAUGAAGUAUCAAAAAAACACAAACACAAACAUUCAUCUCAAAGCAGUAAAAAGAAAAAAAAAGAUAGGAAAAAGGAUAAAAAAAAUAAAAAACAUAAAAAGAAAAGUAAAAAACACAAGAAAAAAUAUUCUGAAAGUUCAAGUAGUAGUAGUGAUGAUGAUGAUAAGGAAGAAGAAAAAGAAGCUGAAUGGGUUGAAUUAACAAAAUCAUCAAAAUCAUCAUCAUCAAUAAAUAAAAAACGUAAACAUUCAUCAUCAGAUGAUAGUUGUGAAGAUGGUAUUGUUGGUCCAGUACAAAAACAACAUGUUACACUAUCAGCAAAAGAUUUUGGUAAAGCAUUAUUACCUGGUGAAGGUGCUGCAAUGGCAGCUUAUGUUGCUGAAGGUAAACGUAUACCAAGAAGAGGUGAAAUUGGUUUAACAUCAGAUGAAAUAGCAUCAUAUGAAUCUGUUGGUUAUGUCAUGAGUGGAAGUAGACAUAGAAGAAUGGAAGCUGUACGUAUUAGAAAAGAAAAUCAAAUAUAUUCUGCUGAUGAAAAACGUGCAUUAGCUAUGUUUAGUAAAGAAGAAAGAUCAAAACGUGAAACACUUAUUCUUGGACAAUUUAAAGAUAUGGUUGCACAAAAAACACAAGCAAAAGAAAAAAAAUAAAUUUAUAUAAAUUUUUUAUUUAAUUAUUAUUAAUAAUUGCUUGUAA